AUGCCACUCGACACUUCAACAACCUACCCUCUCACAAAACUCCGCCUCGACGGUCGACGAUGGAACGAACUCCGGCUGCUCCAAGCGCAACUAUCCACCAAUCCCGCCAGCUCAGGCUCCUCAUAUCUCUCCAUGGGCAACACAUCGAUAAUGUGUACCGUCCACGGUCCCCACGAGACCAGCGGCGCAGGUAGCGCGACCGAAGCAGUGGUUGAUGUCGACGUUAAUAUCGCUGGGUUUGCGGGCGUGGAUCGCAAGAGGAGGGCUGGGGGGAGUGAUCGACAAUCAACCCAACUCUCAACAGCACUCAAAUCCGCUUUCCAGUCUCACCUCCACACCUCGCUCUAUCCGCACAGCACAAUCACAGUGCAAGUUUCCGUCCUCUCGUCUGACGGCUCCCUCUUCGCCGCCGCCAUAAACGCAUGUACCCUCGCGCUCGUGGAUGCUGGUAUCCCCAUGCCGGGCUUACUUUGUGGAUGCACAGCAGGCAUGAGCGGUAGCGCAUCCACGCCUCGCGAUCCAUCUUCCUCAUCAGCAGAAGACUCGCUAGAUCCGUUACUUGACUUGUCGUUGCCCGAGGAGCAGGAAUUGCCGUUUAUAACGAUCGGGACUACGACGGCCCUGCCCGCGGCGUCGGCGGCGGCGGCGGAGGAUGAUGUGGAUGAUAUGAAGGUUUCGGUGCUGCAUAUGGAGACGAGGGCACAUACGUCAUAUUUGGAUGCGAUGCUCGCGGUGGGUAUUGAUGGGUGUAAACAGAUUAGGGAGAUACUCGAGGGGGUGAUCAAGGGGUCGAAUGGGGGUGUUGUGCCGGGUUUGGGAGGUGGUGAUGAGAGUGAUGAGAUGGAUAUAUAA